AUAAGCAAACGUGUCGACUGCAACUUGAGCGGUUCCCGGUACCCGAAGAAAUCGACAUUCGUCAAAACUUUUCGUCAACAUCGUGAGAAAUGAGAAAGGCGACGUUCCUUUUCGGUUUAAUUGUGUGGUGUUUCGUCAGCGAUGUGCAACCGACAGGACUGAUGAAUCUUGUAAAGAAUGCGGUGGGCAAGACGAAAUGCGGAUUACACAAGCUAGGAAACGCCAUAGUUCAGCACGAUCACAAACACGGAGAUCCUUGUCUUUCUACCGACGACCAUAAAGUGCCAGAUUCGAACGGUUCCAACUCUCUAGACGUUGUCGGAAGUACCUCGGAAGUUCCGGAAAUUGACAUCAGAGGUGGCGGACAAUCGACGUACGCCACUGUACCUCCCGGAGGAGGUGGUUCGUUAGGCGACGUAGAAAUGGUGGAGAAUAAUAAUACAGAUGUACAGAACAUUACGCUGGGUGGCAGGUUUUUGACCAACGUGCCCUGCAAAGGAGAAUUGAAGAGAAUCCACUCGAAAUGUGUGAAGGUUUACCAAAACUCUCCUUAGUUUUGGCUGCGCAGUUUAUAUUUCCCGCCUUUGCAAAAUAUGAUAAUGUGAAUUACAAACGUAUCAUGUAUG